UGGAAAGAAGGAUACACAGCACAGACCUAGAUCUAAGGUCUUCACAGAUCAGAUAACGGUAUAUCACGAAGGACGCAUCGCCCUUUUGUCUCGAAAGCUGUUGCCCAUGGGCGAUUCGACACCAGCGAGUGAAUCCGUUCCUGCAGAAAAUAAGCCUCUCAACGCCAUGUCGACCGGUACCGAACAGCCGCCGUCGUCUCCGACUCCCGGGGGCGACGAUGGAGACUUGGAGACCAACAAACGUUCCGAGCGGAAAAGACGAAGGGAGAAACAAAGACGGAGUGAUCUAUCCAAUGCAUUUGACGAGCUCGCUGCCUUUAUCGUUCAGGUUGAACCUGGAAGUGGAGAGGACGACUCGGAUAAGAAAGGCAAAAAGAGGAAAUCAUCCGACGGAGGUGAAGAUUCKGCAGGAAUAACACGGUUGGAUCUGAUAGGGCGAGCUCUGAGGAUUAUGGAACGACUGUAUCGUGAAAACGAGGAACGGAAGCGCGUGAUUGCAAGUUUUGAGGGACGAGGACAAGGUGGGCCGAAUGACAACGUAAGUGAACAGAUUCCGACUAGGCGAAUCGGAUUCUAUUCAGUUAAACUUUUUGCUAGCUGUUGGAUGACUCCCGUUUUUGGUUGGGUGUUUCGAAACAUGAACGCACCGUGCUCCGUGGGGCGGACUAUCCUCAGUCGCACCCUGGUUCUUGGUCUCACASCCUGUGCUACCUAUUCUGAUUUGUUGCCCAUACAAUGUCUAUGUACUACCGUGUGUUAUGUGUAGGUUAUUGUUAUGGUUCCCACACUGGCACCAUCGGGGGAUGAGCCACAGCCUAUAGCCCGCGCAGGGUACCCGRGCCCUUAUCAUCAUUCUGGUSCCCCGCCGUAUUACGCAUCGGCGGCAUCGGCCCUGCCUKCGUCAGCAGCGUUAGGAAACGGGCAUGACCCCAGAGARUACUCCAUGCCACCGCCACAUCCGUACACUUCKCACUGGGGGGCCGCGGCAGCAGCGAGUGGAUACGGGGGGCGCCAACCCCCGCCGACGGCAGGUUUGCCCCAUCACCUGGCACCGCCAGGGACAGCGRUGAGGUUGCCUCACCAGCAUGUGGCCGCGAGGGCCCCCGGAAUCGGCGCAGACGGUUUGCCCAUGCCUCACGUACCAUCGGGAAGACAGCACUAAUCACUCUUUGCUMUUUGUAGUGGGGAGGAACACCAAUUCUUACCAGAUUUUAAAUAUUGCAAAUGGCUUUCGUGGCAGAAUAGAUGUCGUCGAUGCGAGGGAACGCAAACAAUCGGUGUCACAAUUGUACCUGCAGUAAUGUACUAUUGACAUUCGCGGUGAAUAACCUUUGUAUUUUAUAGACGGGGCAGUUGUAGCGUAAUGGAUUCAUUCAAAAUGGUUUAACAGUGAAGUGCAGUAGAACAAAAAAGAAAACCUCGUCUUAUACUUUGUCGGAGUAUACUUUUGCAKUCAAAGUGUUCAAUAAAUCGAGAGCUUCUUU